CCGGAAACUUCCUUCUUAUCGAAUAAACAACAGUUUUGUGCAUCUAUUCAACUUGGCUUAGGGAGGACGCAUCGUUACCAAGUGUCGUCAGAGUGCAAAAGAAAAAGUCUAUCUGUAACGUGUGGCAGAUUCUUUCCAUCCCAAGUUGUUUUUUACUCCGUUAUUUCUUUGGUCAGCGUGUAUCCUGCCUAACAAUCAAAACAAAUGAGAAUGACAUCGUCGACAAAAAUAAUGCUGAUAGCUUGCGGUUCGUUCAGUCCGCCAACACCAAUGCACUUUCGGAUGUUUGAAAUUGCGCGCGAUCACAUCCAGCAGAUGGGACAGGGGCAGGUCGUCGGUGGGAUAGUAUCGCCGGUGCAUGAUUCAUACGCGAAGAAAGGACUCGUGUCCGCUACACACCGUUGUGCAAUGAUUAAGAUUGGAUUGAAGUCGUCGGACUGGAUCCAUCUGUCCGAUUGGGAAACGCAACAGGAAGAGUGGACACGAACUCGUCAAGUGUUGCAGUACCAUCAGAACUACAUAAAUUCGUACUUAAAAGAUACUAAUGGGACCAUCAACAACCAGCACAUACCCGCCUGGAUACCGGAAGGCAUCAAGCGAGCGGGCGGCCAGGUGCAACUGAAGCUACUGUGUGGUGCCGAUUUGCUCGAAUCGUUCGCAACUCCGGGCUUGUGGAAAGAUGAGGAUUUGGAGGCGAUUCUGGGAUAUCAUGGCGUUGUGGUCAUUUCCCGAGCUGGAUCCAACCCGGAGCAGUUUAUCUUUAAUUCCGAUCUGCUGAGUCGGUAUCGACGCAACAUAACGAUCGUUACGAACUGGGUGACGAACGACGUAAGCUCAACGCUGAUACGAAGGUUAUUGAGCCGGGGUCUUUCGGUGAAGUACCUGCUAGACGACCAUGUAACCGAGUACAUACGCAAGUUUGGGCUGUUUGGAUCGAACAACGACACUAAGUACAUUUUAACACCGGGUAGUGCAACGGAGGCGAUGAGCAUUUCGCCCAUCUCACCCAUCAACGAUCCGGAUCUGUACAUCGAGCAUCAAAACCAGCGCAACAAGCUCGGUUCGUCCUGUGAGGCAAUGGAUGAGACGGAUUUCCCCAUACCGCCCAUACCGGUCGGUGCGCCGACCACACUGAACAAGGUGUUUUGUUGCGCCAAUGAUUCUAAACCCACUACCGGUCGCGGUGCAACGUUUCUUGGCCGACCGGGCAGUGCCGUACAGAUCAUAACAACGGCAGCCCCAUCACCGACACCACCACUUGUAACGUCACCCGAUGGGACAACGAAACCCGCCCAGCAGCAGCACAUCACGCUGGAUGAGGGCGAUUGCAGUGCGGGCAAGAAGGUGGGUGAAAGCGCGGCGGGUAAGGGAAGUCCCCGGCGGGUGUCCGUGGACCAACCGCAACAAUCCACCCAACCUAGCACAAUUGCUAAAAACAGCACCAACAACGACAAUACCAGCACAUCAUCGACCAAACGCACGACCACUAACAGCACCUCCGAUACCAUAGCAACCGAGCGCAGUAGUACGAAGCGUGGUGCGAUGGCUCUGACCAAAGCAACCACCACCACUACUAGCAAGCUAGGAGCUACUUUAAGCACAAGCACGGUCGGUCCGUCGGCGAAUGCUUCGACCGGUCGGAUCAGCCCAUCGCGUAGUUACGACGAUAUGAUCAAAUUUGUUUUCACAGAGCACGGCAUUAAGGUCAUAAGCGAUCGCGAGUACGUAGUGUAGAUGAGCGUUUUGAGAUUGACGCGAGCGCUUAGAUUUACGCUAGACCCGUAUUGCUCGGUUGCGACGCACGCAUUCUCAUUCGCGUAAGUACGUUGGCUGCAGAUGGACGUGCAAAAAAUAGUUAGUUGCCAGUGAUUUGUAUGUAGCUCGCUCUGUUGACAAAUUGGUUCCCUAGUAGUGGCUGUUAGUAGGAAAAAGGCCCAAUUCUAUUAGACAUUAGUGUUUAUAUACUGAACAAGUAUAUUCCGUACGCUUACCUUCUUUCGUUUCGCAUCUUCUAAACCUAUUUAAUGCAUGUUUAGAGACGUUUAAUCGUAUUUAGGAAUACUUCAAUCGUUAUUUUUACGAGUAAUUAAAACAUUACUUUCAUUCUCUCAUUUUAGGUCCUGAAAAAGAUGAAAAUAGCUGCUUGUCCAGUGUAAGAGAUGGUCAAUUGCGCAACGAUGAUACCCUUUUCCGUACGAAAUUACACACCAAAUAAUGUCUAUAUGUGGUGGAUUCGUGCCUAGUUCCUUACUUUUUUUAAAGAAAAUAUUCUAUUAGCUUGUUAAUAUUUAUUUACUGUUUACAAACAUCACAUGUUGCGUACCUUAGAAAACAAAGAAACAGAAGGACAAGAGAUAGCUCAAAAAUGUAUAAACUCCCUUCAUCUAGGGUCUUAUGAAAAUGUACUCAGCCGUAUUUAAGCUAAGUUUGGUUUCACACUUUUAAACGUACGCAUUAAUGCUUUGUGGCGGGUAGCGCGUCCACAACAUGAACAUAGGCGAGCAAUUUUAUAGUUCACAUUGCGUAGAAAACGGGUGAAAUGGCCGCAUGUUUGCCGCCCGUUAGGCUGAUUUCUUCUUCGCCGGUGCCCCGGAAUCGAACAACGGUAGACAAAUAGGUGAAUGUGAUUAGAUGGAAGACUUAAUAAAACUAAGUAGUUAUGGAUAA